UAAUCGGACACUAAACAUGACAAGUCCAACUGAUUCAAGUGAGCUGCUGUUUUUUGUGAAUGGAAGGAAGAUUGUUGAGAAAAAUGCAGAUCCAGAGGUCAUGCUAUUACCUUAUCUGCGUAGAAAACUUCUGCUAACUGGAACAAAAUAUGGAUGUGGAGGGGGUGGAUGCGGUGCCUGCACUGUGAUGGUGUCCAUCAUUCAUCCGGUCACCAAGAAGAUUCACCAUUAUUCAGCCAAUGCCUGCCUACUGCCAAUAUGUUUGCUACAAGGAGCCGCAGUAACCACCGUGGAGGGAAUCGGGAGUACAACCACCAGACUGCACCCUGUACAGGAGAGAAUAGCAAAAGCCCAUGGAUCUCAGUGUGGGUUCUGCACCCCUGGAAUGGUGAUGUCCAUGUACAGUUUGCUGAGAAACCACCCUGAACCCACCAUGGAGCUGAUUCAUGAAGCUCUGGGAGGUAAUCUCUGUCGCUGUACUGGAUACAGACCAAUCAUGGAUGGCUGCCUGACCUUCUGCAAUAAAAAGGAUUGCUGUCAGCUGAAAGAAAAUCAGUCUUCUUGUGUGAAUGAAGAUCCAAAUAAUAUGAAUGGAGUUAAAGGUCUACUACAGGAAACUAAUAACUCUGCUUCAGCUUCUGUAGAUAUGUGCAUAGGAUUAUUCGAAGAAGAGAGUUUUGUGCGCCUGGAUCCAACCCAGGAGCUAAUAUUUCCUCCAGCACUCAUACUAAUGGACAAUGAAAAUAAGAAAAGUCUGAAAUUUCAAGGAGAGCGAAUUACAUGGUUUGCUCCCGCCAGUCUCCAGGAAUUACUGAAGCUCAAGGUUACAUAUCCAAAAGCACCACUUGUAGUUGGGAACACUAUGGUUGGUCCAGAGAUGAAAUUUAGAGGGGUUUUUCAUCCAGUCAUCAUCUUCCCUGGAAGAAUAGCUGAUCUCCAUGUUGUGACUGAGGAUGAUACAGGAAUAAUAGUGGGAGCAGCUUGCAGCCUGACAACAUUGAAAGCAACCCUAGCUGAAGCUGUCUCUGCACUUUCCGAAGACAAAACCAAGCUGUUCAGAGCCCUUCUGCGGCAACUUUCUACUCUAGGAGGUGCCCAGAUCAGAAACACAGCUUCUUUAGGAGGAAACAUCAUCAGCCGCUCUACAACCUCUGACCUGAACCCGAUACUUGCAGCAGGAGGCUGCUUUCUCAAUUUUGCCUCGACAGAUGGUGCCAGACAAGUUCCUUUGGACGAUUCCUUUUUUUCUGCAUCUGGAAAAUCUUUCCUUAAAGCUGAAGAAAUCUUGUUGUCUGUACAUAUACCAUACUCCAGGAAGGGAGAUCAUUUAUCAGCUUUAAGACAAGCCCAGCGUAGAGAGAAUGCACUGCCCAUUGUCACUGCUGGAAUGAAAGUUCAGUUUGAAAAAGACACAGACAUUAUCAAAGACAUUCGUAUAUUUUACGGCGGAGUUGGAGCAAGCACAGUGUGCACAAAAGCCACCAGUAAAGCAUUAAUUGGAAAGCACUGGAAUGAGAACAUGCUAGGUGAAGCCUGCCAACUAAUUCUCAAUGAGGUUUCUCUGCCACCUUCAGCUCCUGGUGGGAUGGUUGAAUACAAGAGAACAUUGAUCAUCAGCUUCUUUUUCAAAUUCUACCUGGAGGUACUGCAGACACUGGACCAGCUGGAUCCUAGUAAUCCAGAUUUCAGUGCUCUGAAGAGGUUGCAGUCAACACCUGUGGCGCACACUCAGACUUAUCAGAAUGUCCCUCAAGAUCAGUCUUCCCAGGACCCUGUUGGAAGACCCCUUGUGCAUCGUUCUGGAAUCAAGCAAGCCACAGGAGAGGCAAUUUACACAGAUGAUAUGCCAUGUGUGGAUGGAGAGCUCUUUUUGAGAUUCGUCACCAGCUCCAAAGCACAUGCUAAAAUCAUAUCUAUGGAUUUUUCUGAAGCUCUUGGUCUGCCAGGUGUAGCUGCUGUUAUUACAGCAGAUGACAUUCCUGGCACCAAAGAGUGUACUAAUGAUGAUGGAUCAGCGCCCUUACUGGCACAGGACAAGGUUUUCUGUGUGGGACAAUUGAUCUGUGCAGUGUUGGCUGACACCCCCGGACAAGCAAAGAAGGCAGCUGCCAAAGUGAAAAUAGUCUAUGAGGAUAUGGAGCCAGUGAUUUUCACAAUAGAGGAGGCCAUUAAUCACAAUUCAUUUUACAAGCCUCAAAGACAGCUAGAGGUGGGGAACUUGGAAGAGGCAUUUCAGACUGCUGAUCAGGUGCACGAAGGGGAAGUCCACAUUAGUGGCCAGGAACAUUUCUACAUGGAAACACAAAGCAUCCGGGCUGUACCCAAGGGAGAAGAUGGAGAGAUGGAUGUCUACCUGGCAACUCAGGAUCCAACAAGUACACAG